AUGGCACGCGAUGCGCAGAUACAUCUGACGGCGCUGUGUGUUGUUGGUUCUUUUCUCUGGAUAUCUUCAAACGUUGAGGGACAUUCUCUGAUCGAGUAUCCGCGUCUCUCAUCCGUUCUAAUACUCCUGCUAUCGGGAGGUCUGACAUGGCUGGCGAGCUAUCUCGCCGCAUGGCUUCCCGGCGCGGACGGAAGAUUCGAUGAGCGCGCGGGCUCGAAGAGCACCUUUGAGCAGACGAUACCCGCCAGACCGCGGCGGUACUUUGCCCCGUUGCUCAUCUUUUGCAUCUUCCUCCGUCUCGAGGUCUUUCAUCGCGUGACCGCCCAGCUGCAGUGCUCUGUGCCGGGAGUACAGUCGUUCUUGUGUAUCUACCUCGUCCUCUAUCACAUCCUCUACUACCAAAGAGCCCGACCACCACCUCCCGAGGAAGACCCAUGGGCAAGUAUUAGCGACGACAUUGCAGUAUGGGCAAACGGCUCCCGAACGCUGGCGCUUGGAAGUGCCUGCCUCUUCAGCUACGGCACUUUUGUCGCCAUCUCGCAAGAUCCCAGGUCAACCUUCUUUUGUUCCGCUCUAUCGGACAGCCGAAUGACUACUCUCGCUUUCCAACUACUCGGACUGUUCUUGGACGCGGUCAUCGUCUCCCUGUUUUGGCGCAUCUUGGCUUGGACCAAGACAACAAAGCUCCGUCUGAGGACCCUUGGCACCAUUCUGGCCCUCUCGGGAGUCUUUAUCAAAGUCUUCCAGAUCCUCAUUUCACCUCUCGUUUCCGCUAGUGAGGGGUACCCGACUUCCUUUAGCGGGAUCGACUCUCUGUACAUCUUUGACAUCUUCAUCGAUAGCUUCGCUUUUGCGGUUCUCGUCACCUCGCUGAGCAUCCUUGUCUAUGAGACAAAUCCUGUAACCCCUACUAGUAUCAUCACCUUCAUUUGCGGCCUCACGGCUGCCACCCAAAACAUCAUGCACAUUGGGAAAUGGCAAAUGGAAUCCAGGCUGAGCGCCAUCGGGCCUUUGUACCUCCUGGUCCUCGGCUACAGCAUGUUUCUGUACAGCACCAAUGUCCGCUCGCUCCUCUUCAUACCCAGAGCAUUGAUCCUCGUGCUCAUGGUCUCCAUGUUCGUCGGUAUGACUAUCUACGGGCUUCUGAAGUCGGCAACAGUCAAACAGCACCCGCUCAAUAGACUCAUCUACGAUGUCCGAGUGGAAUCCGAUCGAUGGAUGCGCCAUGCCAUGACCAGCGACAACCUGAACGUCGCCGUCGACGUGUACCACGAGCGGCAUUACGGGAGAGACCCGCCUCCCAACUUUGACAAAUGGUACGAAUUCGCAAAGGCUCGGAAAUCUGUCAUCAUCGACCACUUUGAGCAGAUGGAGAGCGAUAUCCUGCCCUUUUGGGGCGUUAAGCCAGAAGCAAUCCGGCAAGCCUACAAUGAGAGAGUACCGAAAGAGCCUCAUAUCGCCAUGGUUACGAUCGAGAACAAACAUGUUGCCCACAACUACGAGGGCAAUGACGCAAACAGGAAGGUCCUGGACGAGCUCGUGGCCAUGAUCGGGGGCUUUGUCGAGCAUUUGUCCGACAUGAAGUUGCCCAUCAACUUGAGCAACCAGCCUCGGGUCCUGACACCGUGGUCUGAGCUCAAUAGAUAUACACUCACGGGAAUGAAGCAGAAGUUCAAGCUUCUAUCGUCGCGUUCGAUAGAGGAUGCUUCGGCUGGAGAUGCUGGUGAAACUCCACCCCGCGAAGGCAACGUUGAGAGAAACGCAGAGUUGAGGGCCGUGGGAGGCUCACCGGCGAUUCCUCAGUCCAAGCAGGCUAUGUACGAAUCGACCAAAGCAUGGCGGGACAUGGAAGCCUCCGUGUGCCCGACCAACACCCCAGGGAGGUCAGGGCUCCAUUGGAACGUCCGCGACUUCUGCACCUCGUGCGUAAAGUGGCACGAAGACGAGCAGUUCAUGUGGAACUAUCCGCAGUCCAAGAGCCUCUGCGACCAGCAAGACCUCACCCGUCUCCACAGCUUCCACACGUCGGCACCCCCGGUCAAGCCGUUGCAGGAGCUGCUGCCCAUCUUUGGCCGGUUCAAAGCCGAUGGCUUCAACGAUAUUCUCUUGCCGCUGAUGCCGCUGGUGGAAGAUGAGCCGGAACACAAAAAGGAUUUUCGGCAGCGUAAGGACAGCGUGUACUGGCGGGGCAAGAUUGGCGACAAGCCUAUCAGCGACGAGGCGCUGCGCGGGAACCACAAGCACCGGCUCGUCCACCUGGUCAACAACGCGACGGCCGCGGAAGACGUCACGAUGAUGCUCGGCGCGCCGUCCAAGGGCAGCUGGUACGCAUACGAGAUUGUCCGCGCCCGGGAGGCCAACGCCAUCCUCCCGUUCGAUAUCGGCAUAGCAGAGUACGCGUGCGGCGACGCCGCGCCGGGCUGCGCGGCGGUCAAGGCGGAGCUGGGACAGAAGCCCGUCGCUUCCGGGGAAGAUCCCCUGGACUACCGCUACGUCAUGCUGCUGGACGAUGACACGGCCCCGCCGCCGCAGAUGCUCCGGACGCUCCGAUCGCCGGGCAGCGUGCCGCUCAUGUCGUCCGUGUUUGGGGAGUGGUACUCGGAGCGGCUGAUCCCGUGGCUGCACUUUGUGCCCGUGGACACGCGGUUCCACGCCCUCCACAGCACGGUGGCGUACUUUGUCGGGCUCAAGGGGCGCGGCAAGCUCAACGGGCGGGAGGUGGACUUUGAGGCGCGGUGGGAGGACGCCGAGUGGAUCGCGACGCAGGGGGCACGGUGGGUGGACAAGGCUCUGCGGAGGGAAGACAUGGAGAUUUACCUGUUUCGGUUGCUCCUGGAAUGGGGACGGGUUGUGAGGGACGAUCGGGACAGUAUCGGGUAUAAGGUGCAAAAGUCAUGA